AUGCGUCGUGUGGUCGUGACAGGUCUCGGCGCGGUCACACCCCUCGGAGUAGGAAUCCGUCGCACGUGGAAACGCCUGUUGGAUGGUCACUGCGGCAUUGUCAAUGUUCGCCAGCGCGAUUCCAGGUUUGCCGACUUGCCUUGCCAGGUUGCGGCGGUCGUGCCCUCGGGGACAAAGCAGGAUGGAGGCUGGACGGCCUCGGAGUGGUUAAGUAGAGAUGAGGAGCGCAAGAUGGCUCGUUUCGCGCAGUAUGCGUUGGUGGCCUCGCAAGAAGCUUUGGCGGAUGCCGGCUGGAUGCCUACAACAUUUGAACAAAAAGAGACGACAGGGAUUUGUCUCGGGUCAGGCAUUGGGAACUUUGACGAGAUAUACGACACUGUCACGGCGUAUGAAAAAGGGGGCUAUAAAAAAGUGUCGCCUCUAUUCGUACCCAAGCUCCUGAUCAAUCUCGGUGCUGGUCAUAUCUCCAUGAAAUAUGGUUUCAUGGGCCCUAACCAUGCGGCAACGACCGCCUGUACCACCGGCGCACAUUCCAUCGGCGACGCAGCUCGCUUUAUCGCAUGCGGGGAUGCGGACGUGAUGGUUGCCGGAGGUGCCGAGUCAUGUAUUCACCCCUUGGCCAUCGGUGGCUUUGCGCGGGCGCGAAGCCUUGCCACCAGCUACAACGAUGACCCCGAAAAGGCGUCAAGACCGUUCGAUGCCGAUCGCGAAGGGUUCGUGGUCGGAGAGGGUGCAGCCAUGGUCAUCUUAGAGGAAUUGGAGCACGCCAAAGCGCGAGGGGCCCAGAUCUACGCGGAACUGAAAGGAUAUGGCUGUUCUGGGGAUGCCCACCACAUGACGGCACCGAAGGAGAACGGGGAGGGUGCCUUUUUGGCCAUGAGAAAGGCCUUGCGAAACGCGAAGAUUCAACCGUCUACGGUUGACUACGUCAAUGCACACGCUACGUCGACCGUGGUCGGUGACGCGGCAGAGAACGCUGCGAUCAAAACUCUCCUUCUCGGGCCCGAAGGAAAGAAGCACGCGGCGGAGGUCAAUGUUAGCAGCACCAAGGGGGCCGUAGGCCACUUGUUAGGCGGUGCUGGUGCUAUAGAGGCACUGUUUUCCAUUUUGGCUAUUCACGAGGUAUGUGCCGACAGCCCGUUCACCGAAGACAGAGAGAGCCAUACUAACUCGUGGGUUUAG